AUGCCGAAUAGAAUAAAAAAACGCUUACUUUUUGGUUUGAUGGAUGAUGCUGUAGCAGCAACACUUGGUAGACCUUCGGCUUUCGAAACUGCAACAUUUUGUUUAGCUGCUAUUUCCAUAGUUGUUGCCGAUGCUGUCGAAACGGAUGUGUCCGAUGUUGCUGAUGCGAAAGGCGGUUCAAGGAAUGGUCGUGGUGCAGAUGUUUCGCGCAAAUGA